CCAACUUCCACCACAAAACUCUUCUCCAUAUCUUUUCACAGAAAGUAAAACCCUUAUCCUUUCUACAAAAUGCGUCUCACCUCUGCUUUCGUCGCGGUCGCCCUUACCCUGGCCACUGGGUCCCUCGCUAGGGCUAUCGACAUUGAGUCCCGCUCGGAGGGCCUUGACGCCCGCCAGAUCUGCACCCAACAAUGUGUCCAAGAAAAGCCUCAAUGCCCUGAAGGCCAGAUGGCCUCUGGUAGUGAGGGAUGCUGGAGCGCUUGCUGUGUGCCUGCUCGGGCGAAUCUGCCUUUCAAGCAGCCUAUCAGGCUUCCUGAGGACCAGGCUGGGGACAAGAUUGUCAGGGCGUGCCAUGAUGAACAAAAUGGUGAGGCGGAAUUGGGCGAAGAUUGUUAGGAGGACAGCAAGUCUGUGACCAUUUAAGACGUUGGCGCACCUAUGGAGUAUUGGAUCAAGACUGGCGAUAUCUC